AUCCCUCAUUCAUCCAUCUUACUUAUUAUUAAAAGAAAAAACAAAGCAUCAAUGUCUCAAAGCAAUACACUCACCCACUGUAUGCUACCUUACUUUGUCUGACAUUUUGUCUUCUGUUUAUCUGCUGUGUCUUAGAUGCACUUGGGCCUUAUACCACAUUCACACACAUAAUUCCUUUUCUUUGUGACUUAUCUUGUAGUCUUAUAGGCAAAGUUAUGAAUCUCUGCAUAAAGUUGCAUCUCAGAUACUCCCAGGUUUAGUCAUAAAUUGGAUUAUAGCGAAGGUAAGAUAUACUGCAAAGCAAUAAUAGAAUAUGAUACGGCUGGUUAACAGCAUGCCAAAGCAUCAUGCUCAUUUUUCUAGCAUACUGGCUCUUUUUAAUAAUAAUUUGGAGUGAAGGAAGGGAAACAAUAUUACCAAUUUCCUAAUUUCCCACUUUUGAGCUUGUAGAUCCCUGUCAGAUCUGACUUCAGCCUUUCUUAAGAUGGGGAGUAGCUAUCGUUUUUACUUUAUAAUAUUUUUUUGCUUGCAGAAAAUCCGAUCUCACCUCUCUGCAGUUUAUUAUUGUCUGGGCAUGUGGAGCUGGUCUCCAGUUCAUAUUGACCUGUGCAUGGCAAUAUUUUAAUUUUUUUAAAACAAUGGUUCCUCAGGGUUUCAGAAUAAAGUGAAGAGGAGCUGCCAGUCAAGAGAUCCAUCAUGACUGCUAAUCCAUCUAAGAGACUUGCCUGGAGUGACUUAGAUGCCUUUGAUUCAAAGCACAGACAAGAUCCUGAAGAUUCCCACAAGGUCCACAAGAAGAAAUCAAGAGAGAAAAGGAGACUGGUGGUUGGUCAGUGGAGAACAGAUGUACAGUCCCUUGUUUCAUCUUCUAAAUGGCUUCAGCGUUAUGGUCUCAAAAGAAACAAAUUAUCCCUGUCCCAGAUUUUGUCCCAGAUUGGAUUCCAGCACAGGAAAGAUUAUGUGACCACCUUGGGGAAACCUGUGGCUUCUCAAUAUGCAGAUGGUCUGUUUCCUCAAUACGAGAGAGCACAAGAUGGCAGCGUGUAUAAUCUGACAGCCAAAAAAGAACUGAUUCUUCAUUUUGUGGAUUGUCUAAUUGGAGCUAUUGAGCUUUAUAAGCAGCGAAUGGAAUGGUUAACCAGUGAGAGCCGGCAGAUAUUUGGAGUGAUUCAAGAACAGUGCAUUGUCAUUGUGUUGGAUUUUGGCACAGCAGCUCCAACUGAAUUUGAUCUAUGUCGAGAUGCACUUUCUAUGGUACUUGUGGAACAGGUGAUACAAAUUUCCAGAUUCAACCUCAUUCGGGCUGCUCAGGAUCUUAUGAAGUGGCAACAGAAGUGCACUCCUGUGUCUGAGCAUACUGUAAAGUCUGCAGUUACAUGGCUCUGGAAGCUGGACCAUAUGACAGCUGUCAGCCAUACCAGCUCUGCUGAAGCACUGCUGGAAGCCAUGGGUGAUGAAGCGGUUGAAGCUGUUUAUUACUUUGCUGUGGGGGAUGUUCCAGUAGACACAAAACAGCUACUCCUUGAAAAGGUUUCAGAUGGCUCCUGUCCAGUCAACACGGUGUCUUUCAAUGCUAGAGAAGAUGAAACUAUUAUUUUUCUGAAGGAGUUGAGCCACUUGGCCUCUGGCAGAUUCCAUGCUUUUGCUGAGAAGAAUAACUGUAGAGAUGCUAUUGGACCUGCACUAAAAUAUGAAGAGGAUGGAAAAAGAUUAAUUGCCCUGAACCCUGGAAAAGUGAAAGGGCGAAUGCCACUAGUAGCUGGUGUCUGUGAAGAUGUGUUUUUGAUCUGGAAGGAGCUGGAGGAAGCCAAGAUUACAGUGAGACAAGUUCAGAAAAUGUUAUCAGAAUCUGAGCAGUCUGCUUCUCAAGACGUGAACAAAGAUGAUCAUCCAUUACCAAAACAUAUAACUGACAAAUAUUUGACUUCUGAGAAGUGGUUGCAGAAGUAUGGCUUGAAAGCUCAGAAGCUCACGCUGCAUGAUGCACUUGCUGAUUGUGUUUUCCGCCAUGUAGGUGGGCUUGUUGACAUAAAAACUAAACCAGAGAAUGAAUGUUCACAAACUGAUGCUGAGACAAAGAGGAAGGUAAUUCAUGCAAGAUACUGUGACAAGUUUAUACAUACCCUCUGGAAAGAUGGAUCUAUAGUUCAUGUAUAUGUUACUACAGAAAAGUAUAAGCAGUAUGAAGAGAAAAUGAGGACAGCUCUCAGACAAGUGGAAGGAAGAAUAAAGUGGCUUCAACAAGGAAGCAGAGGGCUUUUUGGGAAUGUGUUUGAAGAUGAUAUCUGUAUUCUUAUUGAUACAUCCCAGUCUAUGAAAAACAAGCUGCCACUGGUGAAGGAAAAAAUAUUUCAGCUAAUGCAGGAACAACUGAGGCACAAGAAGAGAUUUAACUUUGUGAAAUUUAGUGCCCAAGCAGUGGCAUGGCAAGAGAAGCUUGCUGAAGUUAAUGAGGAAAAUUUGCAAGACGCUUGGCUUUGGAUAAAAGGGCUUGAGGUUGGAAGUUCCACAAACACACUCAAAGCUCUCCAGAUUGCUCUUGCUGAUACUGAAACUCAAGCUAUUUAUCUCUUGACUGAUGGGAGACCUGACCAGCCCCCUCAGAUAAUUUUGGCUGAAAUCCAACUUCACUGUAAAAUUCCCAUCCAUACUAUAUCCUUCAACUGUGAUGAUAUAGAAGCCAAUAAAUUUUUAUAUGAACUAUCUACUAUAACAGAGGGACAGUUUCAUUAUUACAACGUUUAUUGGAGUGACCUUGAUACUACAGAGUUUAUUGUUAAUAAUGACAUAGAUCUUUUGAAAAGAGAAAUUGAUCAAGGAGAGAAAGAUCUAGAGAAAGUGAAGACCUUUCAUGAGAAAAGUCUGAUGAUGAAUUCUUAUAAUAAAGAAAAUUAUCCAGAGAAUAAGAGUAGGCUGUGCUGUGCUUCAGAAGAACCAUCAGUGCCAUCACAUGAGCAAACCGAGCAAAGCACUGCUGCCAGUCCAGCCCGAAGAAAGAAAGCAUUAUAUGCAGAUCAAACAAAGACAAGUCUGCUGCGAAUCCUGAGCCAAGGUGUGAAAUCUAGGGAAGAAAGCCCAGAGAAAACAGUGUCUCCACAGGAAAAGGGUUUUUCUGUCAAGAAGGGUGUGAAAUGUACAACCAUUUUCAAAGGCAAGUUGACAGAAUAAGAAGCUCCAAGUGGGGCAGAAGAUAAGAAUGUGAAAAGGGCAUCUAAAAGCUCUCUAGAUAUCUCUUCAGCUGUUUGGUUAAAGACCCACGGCUUGGCUGCUAGGCGACUCACCAUCAUGGAUGCCUUAGCUCCUACAACUGUUCCUCACAGUACAAAAUACAUCCCAGUGCUGGACAAGCAUGUAGUUUCUAAAGUAUUUGAUAAGAUGUUACCAUUGGCCCAUGUUCACAGUGACAAGAAGGGGAUUGCACUAAUUAAUCCUUGGGCAGUGAAUCUUGAUGCCUAUAAAGAGAAGCUGGAACAAGCAAUUAAAUCCUAUGAGAGGCGCCUGAACCUAGUUAUUUGGAGAGCACUAUCUCAGGAGGAAAGAGACAAAUUUAAAGAGGAUGUGCCAGUCCAAUAUAUACAGCAUAAAGAAGCUUUGCUGGAGGCUUUAGAGAAUUUGGGAUGGCCAGUUUCCUAUGAAGAUGUAAAAUUGUUAGAAGAUGAGAUAUUGACAGCAUUAACAUAUAUACAACAAGCCUCUGAUCUUCAGGAAGCUCUCAAAAAGGAAACUGAGAAAAGCUCAGAAUCACACAUAAGCAACAAUAAAAAGAGACUUGAAGAAGAAAGUGGGAGGCCAAAGACUAAGACAAGACAAAAAUGUCAAAUAUUUGUGACUCACAAAAGCCAAAAGGUAAUUGCAAGAUCGGACAUCACAGGAUUUUAUUAUCCAGGAACUGUGAUAAGGAAUAUCAGUUCUACAUCUGCACUUGUUGACUUCAGCAAUGGGGAGAGCUGUGAUGUCCCUGUCAAGUUCACUAUACCUGUGGGAGGUGCAAUGCCAUGCCCACAUCUGCAGGUUGGGGACUAUGUGCUUGCCAGAACUGGGAGAAAGGCAGAAAAUGAAUAUUAUGUACCUGCCAUUGUCAUAGCAACACCAGAGAGGGUGGAAACAGGUCACAGACUCUACACAGUACUGAUGUUCAACAACAGGGAGGAACACUGUGUAAGAAGUGAGCUCAUUAAAAUCAGCCAAACCAAGUAUGCCUCUUCGUGUCAGUACAUAAGAACAUUGCAGACGGUGGAUUAUGAGAUCCAAGAUGGUGAGACUACAAAGCCCUGCCCUCGCCCGCCUGUGGAAGAUGAAGGAGGAGAAGAAGCAAAGAAAAGUACUGUGAAAGAAAAGAGGGGAAAAGAGAAAAAGAAGAGGACAACAGUAGACAAAAGGCAUCCCAGGGAGAUGAUGUCAGACUUUGAUAAUCUUGUCUCCAGAAGUGAAGUAAAACAGAGAGGAAGAAAUUCACUGUCUAGCAAUAAGGAAGAACUUAGAGGUAAAGAUGUAGCUCUGAAAAAGUAUUAGGAAUUAAGCAUUUGUGAUGGGCCUUUAGCUAUUCCCCACACAAACAAACAGGUUUCUGCAUUUCUGGGUGUUAGCCAAGUUAGGUUUCCCAUGUCAUAUAUGAUGAAAUUCUUUCACCUUCUUUAGAAACUGUUCUUGACACUUUCUCAGCAU